GCCCCCGCCCUCGGUCAGCCCCGUUUCCUGCCCCUCCCUCUCUCCUCCCUCCAGCUGUUUCUCUGGCAGAGUCCUGUCCCAUUCAGCCCCCAGUGAGCAAGAGGGCAGGACAGACCGGGGGUCUCCCUGGGAGCCUCCAGGGGACGAGGAUGUUCUGGGAGUGCUGCGCUCUGGGGACUCUGGGGGGCCCAUGAAUGAGGGGGUGAACUGCUUUCUUGGGCAAACGGCCCCAGGCAAAGAACAGUGUGACUUCGAGAAAGAAGUCGGGGAACACGGGUCUCCUGCACAGCGUCGAGUGACCUGAAGUCACGGAACCCUGGGACGGCCUGGCCGAGACCAGCCACAAAGGUGUUUGCAGCUGUGUGCGGGGGCUGGCUGGCCAGGGAGGCACCCUGGAGAGCUUUGGACAUCAUAACAGUGAAACAAGAAUGGAGACUGAGGAUUACAACGCCUCCUACGAGGACUACCCCGAUGACUUGGACCCCAUCGUGGUUUUGGAGGAGUUAUCUCCCCUGGAAGGCAGAGUGGUCAGGAUCUUCCUGGUGGUGAUCUACAGCAUUAUCUGUCUCCUCGGGAUCCUGGGCAAUGGCUUGGUGAUCAUCAUCAUCACCUGCAAGAUGAAGAGGACGGUGAACACCAUCUGGUUCCUCAACCUGGCCGUGGCCGACUUCCUGUUCAACAUCUUCCUCCCCAUCCACAUCGCCUACGCCGCCCUGGACUACCACUGGGUGUUUGGGACGGCUAUGUGCAAGAUCAGCAACUUCCUGCUCAUCCACAACAUGUUCACCAGCGUCUUCCUGCUGACCGUCAUCAGCUUCGACCGCUGCGUCUCCGUGCUCCUCCCCGUCUGGUCCCAGAACCACCGCAGCGUCCGGCUCGCUUACACGGCUUGCCUGGUCAUCUGGGUCCUGGCUUUCUUCUUGAGUUCCCCGUCCCUCGUCUUCCGGGACACGGCCCGCCUGCACGGGAAGAUAUCCUGCUUUAACAACUUCAGCCUGUCGGCUGCCGGCUCUGCCCCAUGGCCCGCUCACCCCCAGGUGGACCCGGUGGGCUCUGGCCGGCACAUGGUGGUGACCAUCACCCGCUUCCUCUGUGGCUUCCUGGUGCCGGGUCUCAUCACCACCGCCUGCUACUUCACCAUUGUCUACAAGCUGCAGCGCAGCCGCCUGGCCAAGACCAAGAAACCCUUCAAGAUCAUCCUGACCAUCAUCAUCACCUUCUUCCUCUGCUGGUGCCCCUACCACGCGUUCUACCUCCUGGAGCUCCGUCGCGGCUCCGUGCCUCCCUCCGUCUUCAGCCUGGGCGUGCCCCUGGCCACCGCCAUCGCCAUCGCCAACAGCUGUAUGAACCCCAUCCUGUACGUCUUCAUGGGUCAGGACUUCAAGAAGUUCAGGGUGGCCCUCUUCUCCCGUCUGGUCAAUGCCCUGAGUGAGGACACAGGCCACUCCUCCUACCCCAGCCACAGGAGCUUUACCAAGAUGUCAUCCAUGAAUGAGAGGGAGACUGGCAUGCUCUGAGCCUUGCCCGGAAACCCCCCAGUGGAUGCUCCCAACCUUGGAGGCUCAAAGCUACGCCUUCUGGACACCACAACAAGAACCUCUUGGGCAACCCACAGAUGCCCACUGUAUUUUCCGUGGGGCUGAGCUGUCUUUUUGAGCUGGGAAUCCAGUGUUUGGAACGCCUUUCCUCCAGGGGCGUGGUGGACACAGCAUGCUGAGGUACUUAGGCUUGGACCAGUAUCCUGUGCAUCUUCAGAGACUUGCCUUGACCAAUGCAAAGCAAAAAAAAGGGAGAAUUUUCGAAAGCACUGGCAUGAACUGGGAUGGGCAUAAGACAGAGGGAUUCAGUUACCUACCCGAGCACUUUCCAGGAAUGACACAGAGAGUUUGCAAGGUCUGUUCCUGGUGUGAGGAGAGGAGGUCAGAGCCGAGCCAGUGUGAUGUAGGUCACGCUUUGCCACAGAGCCCUAUAUUAAUAGCUGGCCAGAAAUCCUGCUCUUAAGCCAUUCUUCGGGUCUAGGGCAUAUUGGAAUGCACAGACCUUCUCCAGGUCACCUGGGAAGAGAAGGUGACUUAAGAACUCAGCAACUCCUGGGACCACGCAUUUGACUUUUAGAUCAGCUGGAAAGAUAGACAACAGGUCCUGAGGGGACCACGGGGCUUUUUUUUUUUUUUUUACCACGGGGCUUUUUAAUGGGUUCAAGAGAAGCAGGGCUACAGUGAAGACUUGGGUCUUGUGCGGGAAGGAAUGGAGAAAGAAAAGACCUUUCAGAGGGCGUGUGACAGGAAACAGCUCACCCUAGAACCCUCCAGGGCAAUGUUGCUUCAGGCCGUAGCUGUGCUGAGGGUGGGGUCAUGCUGCCAGCCCCUGGCCCCAAGCCCUAUCCUCACUUUGCAUUUGUUACCCUGGGGCUGGUUUGAGGUGGGCAGCCCCCUACUCACUCCAUCACAGCAAUUCCUCCCUCUUUCCUGACCCACUGACUCUGGCUGGAGAUGCUCAGAAGAAAACACUCCGGGGCAGGGGGUGGGUGGUGGCUGGGGGUGAGGGGUGGGAUCUCUUCUUUCUCUACUUCCUCAGAGCCUUGCUGGAGCCUAGCCCGAAAUCAGCUGCUGGAAGCAACCUGGGAGCACCUUGAGGAGCAAAGAUGCCGCCGAGGGCUCAAUCCUUGAGCUCGAAGCAGAAUCUGGAACCUGGCUCAUUGGACUGUGCCCCUGAGAUACCGGGCCUGGGGGCGGGCCCAGGACUCCUCCUGUGGGCAGUCACACUGUCUUUUCUGGGGCUCUGCUGCAGAGUCAUCAUCUCACUUACAAACGACAAAGGUGAUGCUUACAGUGGGAAAGUUACCCAGCGUCACAUAGCCAGCCAGGGGGCAGAGUCUCCAGAAAAGAACAGAGCUGUUCUGUCAUGGAGAAUGCCUCUGCGGAGAAUAUUCUACACAGUCCUGGUAACCUACAUUUAUUUAGCACUUCUAUGUUAAGCACUUUACAUGUGUAUCUCAUUUAUCCCUCACGGCAGCCCCGAGGUAGGUACAAUUAUCACUUCCCUUUUAUGCAUGAGGCUUCUGAGGUUCAGAGAGUUUAAGCAACUGGCCCAAGGAUGCCCAGCUGGUCUCUGUUAAGAGUCUGGACUUGAACCUAUGUCUGUCUGGCUCAAAGAAGGCUGCAGAGGCUUAGGGUUUUGAGCAUUCAUAUAUGCAUAUCCCUCAGCAGAUUCAUGUUAACAUCUUAAGGGCUUUAAAGGCAGCUAUGCAAAUAGUUUUCAAAAAUGAUCCAAAGUGGCAGAGAAAAUGUACUUGGCUCCCAGCUCCCUUGGCACCCGUUCACACCCACCCACCCUGGCUCCCACCUCCUAUGUCCACACACACCCCUCUCCACCGCCCCACCCUACCCAGCUCUCCAGGGAGGGCGGCAGGGAGAGAGGCCUGAAGGGAGGACCCUUUGGCCUCCGAGUGUCCAUAUUCCAUUCUCUUCCAAGUUUCUUUGUUGUGAAGCCAUUUCUCCAACAAGAUGCAAUGAACAGAUGUAAUGUCUACACAGCGCCAGGCGAGUUCCCGAGGCCACGGGCUGUUUGGAAUCGCACCUCGUUUAGAGACAAACUAUUCCUUCACUCUGUUGGGUCAUUGCGCUUGUGAAAGGCAGCUCUGAGUUGACCCUACUGGGGCCUCUAGUUGCUUCAAGCAGUCUGAACUUAGCUUGAGUGGAGGGAGCUUUCAAUAUUGCCCAGAGGCCCCUGUCACCCACCCCCCACCCAGCCAACUUCACAGGCAAAGAAUCCAGGGCACGAGAUGGAGUGAGAGGGGUUCCAGGCCCCAGAGACAGUCACCAGCCAUUUGGGGGAGGACCACGCUAUUUGCUGGGGCUCAGCUUCUCGUUCCUUCUGGGCUGCGUGCAGGCCAGGCCAGGCUGGGGGAGCCAGGAAAUCAUUUUGUCUUUGGAAAAGCUGAUGAACAGGAGCAAAAUGAAAACCAUCUGUGUUCCUCCUUGGAGCCAGGCCUCACUCUUUCUGGUUGCCCCACUAGUCUUCCUGUUCUCAUCAUCAAAUGCUCAAGUGCAGCCGUGACAACCUUUUCAGUCUCGUCCCCACAGCUUCUUCUGAGGGUCCCCCAGGUCGCAUGUUCAAAGGCCCUGCGGUUCACACAGCACAUUCACCUGAAUUGCUCCACAGGCGGCCAACACGCUGUGUGCCCGAGAGCCUUCCCUCCGGGGCCAGGACCCGCCAAUGGGUCCUGCAGCGCUGCCUCCUGUGUGGGGUGGGGUGGGUGGAGGGGGCACGGGGUUGUGGGCAGAGGGACAAAAAGAGAAGAUGCUGUUUGAGGGUGGGGGGAGAGGGAGGGGGGAGAGGGAGGGGGGAGAGAAGUGCGAAGGAGAACAAUGAUGAAGAAAAGGGAUCUGGCAUUUAUUAAGCAUCUACCCUGUAUCCGGCCCAGAAUCUCAUCAAAGCCUCAAAAACAGCCCUGUAAGAAGAGGACCAUCAGACACGGGUCGGGGUGCAGAAAGGGAGGUUUGGCCUGUGGCCCCCACUUGUUGAGAGUCACACAGUAGUAAACGGAACUGGGUCUGCUGCCCGAGAGAGUGCCCAGCUUCUUCAGCCCUUGGGAGGAUGGAGAGGGAGGGGGAGAGAGAGAGGAGGAAGAGAAACAAGAGGGAGGGUCUCAGAAGGGGAGUCGGACCCAGGCGCUGGCCGAGGGAGGAGCUUGCCUUAAGCUGGACCCCAGGGUCAGCGUGGAGAGCAGAGCCCAGAGCCCAUGGAUGGGAGAAGAGAGAAUCCAAUCAUGAGAGCCUCACGGUCUGGCCAAUCUCAUCCCCAUCCAAGUCCUCCCUGUUUCACAGAAGAGGGAACUGAGCUUGCAAGAGCUGCCCUUGGAGAAAUCUGCAAAAGGAGGUGUGCUGGCUUGGCUGGUUGGUUAGUGAUUUCCCAGCUCCUGGUCCCGGCCUCCCUCUCCAUUCCUCCCGGACAUGCUUUGGUGCUCUGGCUUUGGAGAACUGCUCCUGGGGCUGGGAUCCAGGACAAGGGGGAAUCGGGAGGCAGCUCAUCUGACCACGAAAUAAUUCAUUAGGGGGUUUGCUUGCUUCCUCUCUGAAGACAAUGUUUCUCUUGAAUAAACAGACCGAAGCAAG